GCCGCGUACAGAUAGAUAAGCAACGACUCCAACCUUGAACAACCAGAACAGAGGAGGAGACUCGCCGGUCGCCACCGAUUCCACUUCCUGCGAAGUGCGAACAGAGCGAUCGAGGCAGACAUGAGAACCCAGGUGUUCUUCCUCGCUUUCGCACUUCUUGCCGUCCUCGCCCAAUCCAGCAGCAGGCACCACCACCACCACCACCACCACCACCACCACUCCCACGUCCAAACCAAAGGGCACGGAGAUGGGGGAGGCGGGGAGCUAGCGGAGGCGGGGAGCCCGGCGAGGGCGUGGCCGUGCUGCGACAACUGCGGCGGGUGCACCAAGUCGACCCCGCCGCAGUGCCAGUGCCUGGACGCGGCGCCGCGUGGGUGCCACCCGGCGUGCAGGGACUGCGUCAAGUCCAGCCUCAGCGCCGACCCGCCGGUGUACCAGUGCAUGGAUCGCGUACCCAACUUCUGCCAGCGCCGCUGCGCUCCCUCCGCCACCGCCCACUGACCGGCCGGCCGGCCGGCCGAGCAAACUACUGAUUGCUGUUGACCCACCCACCCACCGGCGGCGAAUCCUACCAUCUGAACGCCAGCUGUGCUUUAACUUGGUUUUUGUGUAAAGAGAGGAGGAAUAUAUUAGUCUGAUGAGCAACCAAACCAAUCUUGCUCGCCGUGGUGCUGUUCUUUCUUUUUUCUUUUUUUUUUACUUGACACGGCUCUGUAAUUGCUGGCUACGACUGCUUGGUUGACUGCUGAUUAUGAGGAGAUGAGCAUACUAAAUCGCUAAAAUUUGUAACAAGAUUUCCUUUUCUUUCC